AUGAAUGCAACCUAUGAGGCUGAAAAGAGCAGCAGAAAUAACAACCUUUCUACUGAUUUCGUGUAUGGCAGUAAAGCUCUGUGUGAAGAAGGAAUCCUGCAGGAGUUCCUGGCACAUCAGCGUGUCCACCAGUUGCAAAUCUACCAGGCUCAGAUGGCUACAGUUGGCAUAGCAGGAUUAGAUAAACAUCAUCCGGUGUCCAGGACCCCGUCUUCCCCCACUGAUUCCACAUUACCUCAUCCAGACGUGGACCAGCCCAGCCAGCAUGUCUACACGACUGGUGUUGUGUAUGACAGUCUGAUGUUGAAGCACCAGUGUAUGUGUGGCAGCUAUGCUAACCACCCUGAACAUGCUGGAAGGAUCCAAAGCAUCUGGUCAAGGCUGCAAGAAACUGGGUUGCUAAACAAGUGCGAGCGAAUUCGAGGUCGAAAAGCCAGUCUGGAGGAAAUACAGCUGGUUCACUCUGAACAUCAUUCACUGCUGUAUGGCACCAGCCCCCUGAACAGACAGAAGCUGGACCCCAGGAAACUCCUAGGAAACGUGAAUCAAAAACUCUUUUCCUUGUUGCCUUGUGGGGGACUUGGGGUGGACAGUGACACCGUUUGGAACGAGCUGCAUUCGGCCGGGGCGGCACGCAUGGCGGUGGGCUGUGUCAUCGAGCUGGCGGCCCGCGUGGCCUCCCGGGAGCUGAAGAAUGGCUUUGCUGUUGUAAGGCCCCCAGGCCAUCAUGCUGAAGAAUCAACAGCCAUGGGGUUCUGCUUUUUUAAUUCGAUUGCAAUUACUGCCAAAUACUUGAGAGACAAGCUAAAUAUAGGCAAGAUAUUGAUUGUAGAUCUGGAUGUUCACCAUGGCAACGGUACACAGCAGGCUUUUUAUGCUGACCCCAGCAUCCUGUAUGUUUCCCUCCAUCGCUAUGAUGAAGGCAACUUCUUCCCCGGCAGUGGAGCCCCAAAUGAGGUUGGAAGUGGCCCUGGUGAAGGGUAUAAUAUAAAUAUUGCUUGGACUGGUGGCUUGGAUCCUCCUAUGGGUGAUGUUGAGUAUCUCACAGCAUUCAG